UGCUGUCGGCAGGGAGGCUUAAAGUGACAACAGCAGAACCACAGCGAUCGGAAGAAAUCUUUAAAAUAAUUAUUCGGCCAAUGGAGGAACGAUAAUUUCGACUUCAUAUCGAUAAUUAACAUAAAAAGGUAAUCUAUAAUAUCUGUCGCUGUAAACGCGGAUAUCCGUAUCCAUCUGAAGGUUCCGUCGCGCCUUCUAUUACCGCCGUUGCUAACGAACGAAAAGCUAAUCUGACGCUAACAGAGCUAACAGCUAAGCUACAAGCUAAGCUAAGUGUACGGUCGGCUCAGUCGCGGAGGAUUAAGGAGUCGCCCGGCAGCGCUGUUCGAACACCGAGCCCUCCACCAGACAUCGAGCUGAAAGUGAAGCCGGACCCCAUCCGACCCCUGACCUCUGCUGCUCCCCCCCCCCCCCCCCCCCCCCCAGGACGGGGCCUGCAUGGAGGUCGGCUGGCGUCUGGCCCAACACUGACCAGAGGAAUGAAGGCGCUGUGGGGACUGUUGCCAAGCAGCCUGGUGGACGCAGUAGCUGGGAGUCCAAGUGAUUGUCUAUGAGCGGUUCUGUGUGCGUGGACACAUCUUAGCACUACUGCCCACUUCAGGCAGGACCUGCAGCUCUAGUGCGGAGCUGGAAACCGAAACCGAAAGGAACUCGUCUCUGGUGAACGAGGGCAGCGACAUCAGAAGCUGCAGCCACGACAACAAGCAGAAGAAGAAGGAAAUAAGUCUGUCAGCUGUUUGCGGACACGGGGGUCUUCAGCUGCAGGUCCAGCCUAGAGGAGGGGGUCUUCAGCUGCAGGUCCAGCCCAGAGGAGGGGCUGGGGAUCCGGUGUACAUCUGCACAGCAGAAGCCCUCCUCUGACCUGUGUGGUCGCGGCCCCCCUCUCCCUAGAGCGCCCCUGGGUCGUGGUUUUGGAGUUCCUGCGGUCGCAUGGCCGGAGAAUAAUCGUGGAGAGGCCAGGGUAUCACAAGCUUAUGGAUUUUGACAAGAGGGGUGGCAAGGGUGAGACAGAGGACGGGAGGACGAUGUCUAAGGCGGCGGGCAGCCGGUCCGGGGGCCGGGGCUCUGGGACCAGCUCCGGGGUUCUGAUGGUCGGGCCCAAUUUCCGCGUGGGGAAAAAGAUCGGCUGUGGAAAUUUCGGAGAGCUGCGGCUGGGAAAGAACCUGUACACCAACGAAUACGUGGCCAUCAAACUGGAACCUAUUAAGUCCAGGGCGCCACAACUCCAUUUGGAAUAUCGAUUUUACAAGCAGUUGGGAAGUUCAGAGGGAAUCCCUCAGGUGUACUACUUUGGUCCCUGUGGGAAAUACAAUGCCAUGGUGCUGGAGCUACUGGGACCCAGCCUGGAGGACCUGUUCGACCUCUGCGACCGCACCUUCUCCCUGAAGACAGUCCUCAUGAUAGCCAUACAGCUGAUCACCCGGAUGGAGUACGUGCACACCAAGAGCCUGAUCUACCGGGACGUGAAGCCGGAGAACUUCCUGGUGGGCCGUCCCGGGAGCAAGCGCCAGCACACCAUCCACAUCAUCGACUUUGGUCUGGCCAAAGAGUACAUCGACCCGGAAACCAAGAAACACAUCCCGUACCGGGAGCACAAGAGCCUGACGGGCACGGCCCGCUACAUGAGCAUCAACACACACCUGGGCAAAGAGCAAAGCAGGAGAGACGACCUGGAGGCUUUAGGUCACAUGUUCAUGUACUUCCUGCGAGGGAGCCUUCCCUGGCAGGGCCUUAAGGCGGACACAUUGAAGGAGCGCUACCAGAAGAUCGGGGAUACCAAACGCGCAACGCCGAUAGAAGUGCUCUGUGAGAGCUUCCCAGAGAUGGCAACGUAUCUGCGCUACGUCCGCCGGCUGGACUUCUUUGAGAAGCCCGACUACGACUACCUGAGGAAGCUCUUCACGGACCUGUUCGACAGGAACAGCUACGUGUUCGACUACGAAUACGACUGGGUCGGCAAGCCUCUGCCAACGCCCAUAGGCCCCAUCCCCAGCGACACGCCCGCACAGCCCAGCAGAGACAAAGCACAACAGCAGACCAAGAACCAGGUGAUGAGCUCCACCAACGGGGAGCUGAACACGGACGACCCCGGCGCCGUGCACUCCAACGCCCCCAUCACGGCCCCCACCGAGGUGGAGGUCGCCGACGAAACCAAGUGCUGUUGUUUCUUCAAAAGAAGAAAGAGGAAAGCCCUCCAGAGGCACAAGUGAGCCAGGAGGGGGGUGAGGGCGGGGGGGAGAGAGGGGAGACCCCAGAGACCCCAGAGACCCCAGAGGAACUUGAAACAUUCACUGUCCACUUUGACAACGGAAGCAGCAGCAAAGAGGAGGGCACGGCAGCCCUCCCCCACGUCUCCCUCUCUCCCUCCCUGUUACACGCCCCCCCCACCCCUCUCUGGCUCACCCCCCACCCCUCUCUGGCUCACCCCCACCCCUCUCUGGCUCACCCCCCCUCAGGGUGCGGGGGGAGUGUUGUGGUUCUACUGACUUCCACACACUGGUUCCGUUUCCAUUUUUUCUACCAUGGAGAGAAGACUCCUGUGCUGAAGGCUGGUGGGGGGGGUGGGGCUGAGGGUGGGGGUGGGGCUGAGGGUGGGGCUGAGGGUGGGGCUGGGAGGAUUUGCAGGGGUGGCUUAUGGAUAAAAAAAAAAGUGCAAAGUAGUACCAAUGAAGUGUGAAUACGGACCGACGUGAAUAUGAACUAUGGAUCUACUGGUGAAGGGUUGUAGAUUCAGAACAUGGCUCAGCGGGGCCACUGAGAGGUCCUGUAGAACUCGCUCCCCAGCAGCAGAGCAACGUCAGACGCAUGAACGACACUAAUGUCUGCAUCACUGAGACGCAUCGCAUCCAUCAAGCAGAAUCAUCGAGGAUCUUUAUGUUCUCUUUUUUUCUUUUUUUUUGUAAUUGAAUCUUCAGUUUUCAAAGCGGACUCCUGGAUUGAAAACAAGCUUACUUUUAUGUUGUAGCGUUCUGGAUUUCUACAUUUUUUUUCUCCUUCCUCAUACUGGCUUUCUUUGUGUGCGUCAGCGUGGUCUUUGUAGCAGUCACUGGCCUCAGGUACUGUGGAAGGCGGCGAGCGUCUGAUAUUAAGCUCUCUUAUUACUAUUAUUGCACUUUUGGAGAAAAUGAAAAAGUACAGUGAAAUUUUAGGUUUGAAAUUAACAAUUAAGAAAACACCUUAAUAAAGACUGAUCUAGGAAGUCAUUCGCAAGGCAUAUAUAUUUAUGUAUCUAUAGCUAUAGAUAUAUCCAUAUAUAUCUAUAUCUAUAUCUAACCCUGGAUAUAUAUAUCAGAUUUACGUACGUAUGGCCGCAAAUGUUGUGAAUUUACAUGGAACAGUAUAAUGUCGUUCGAUUUUUAUUUCCUACAUCGAGAAUAAUUUCCCAGGAAAUCAUAGUUUGUGCCUUUCCAAGUAAAAUGUUUAAAGCUCAA